UUUUGUUUUAAUUUAAAACGUAUUAGGUAUCAAAGAAAUUACUGCGAUGGCAGAAAAUAAACAUAUCGCGUGAGAAAAUUUCAUGUAAUUGCAUGAUAGUUUUAUAUAGCUCAUUGCAAUUCUUUUCAUUAUAAUUAAUAUAUCAUAUAUUUACGUAUUAUAUUUUAUAAAUUUUAUCAAAAGUAAAAGAAGUAAAAAUAUAUUAUUGUUUUUAUACUCAAAUUGCAAAAAUAUACAAUUAUCUUAAUUAAUGAAAUAAAUAUAGUUACUUCCUCCUUCUCCCUCCGUCAAUUUUUUGAAGAGGAGGAGACAUAUAUAAGCGUCGACGAAUCGAUGACAGCUGCAUUUGGAUAGUGACGUUCUUAAUAAUCUACUUUUAUUAUUAUUAUUGUUCAAUAUGACAUUUUUAAGUGUUAUAUUCAUUACUUUGAUACUAUGUGGUGCAGUAAGUUACAUUUGGACAUAUUAUCGUCGGAAGUCCACUACUAAAGAAACAAACAUUUCGGAUAGCUCAAAAAUGUUGUCAAACUAUCUUAAAAAAUACCAAGGAACUUCUGACGAUUUAUUAUUUGCUUUAAACUAUAUUGGAAGUUUAUAUCCAUCCCCAUUCGCACUACCUAAGUUUAUAGGUAUGAACCCAUUUGUUGUAAUAUACAAACCAGAACAAGUAAAGAUAAUCUUACAAAGUCAACAUUGCUUAGGAAAAAGUGAAAUGUAUAAAUUUGGCAUAUUUGGCAUAGGAUUACUAACAGCUUCUGAAUCUGUAUGGAAUCAAAGUCGAAAAAUAAUGACUCCAAGCUUUAAUCCAAAUGUAUUACAAGGAUUUUUCAAUAUAUUUAUCAAACAAUCUUUAAUAUUGAAGAACGAAUUAGAAAAAGUUGGAGCAAAUGGAAAUGAAAUUAUAUUUCUUAAAUAUAUGAAAAUGUGUGCUUUGGAAAUUGCAUUUAGUACCAUAAUAAGCGAUAAUAUGGAAUCAAAUAAAAAAGAUGAAUACUUCAAAAUGAUUACAAGAUUAAAAGAAAUUUUGAAAAAUAAAAUAUAUUUGUUAUUGACACGAAAAAAUAUAACAAGUUACAUAUAUUAUUUUAAUACUUUAUAUAAUUUUACGGCCUCUGGACAAGAACAACGACAGAUUUUAAAAUCAAUAAAGUCUCUUAUUAAUGAGAUAAUACAGCAGCAGCAACAACCUGAAUUAAAUAAAAUUUAUACGACCAAGACAGAAAACCAUACAAAUCAUAAAACAUUCCUCGACAUUCUGAAAAAAUUUAAAAAUAAGGACUUUACAGAUGAAAUAAUUUAUGAUAAUCUGAUUACGCUUCUUACACUGACUAGUGAUACAAUUAGUGCUACUGUAGACUUUGUCGUCUUUAUGUUAGCAAAUUUCCCCAAAAUACAAGAAAAAGUAUACAAAGAAUUGACAGAAAUUUAUGGUACAGAAACACUGAUAUCUGCGCCAGUAAAAUAUGAUGAUUUACAACAUAUGCAUUAUUUGGAUCAAGUUAUCAAGGAAACGAUGAGACUUUUUCCUACUAUUCCUAUAAUUGGGCGACAAUUAACAAAAGAUGUAUAUAUAGGAGAUUCUACUUUACAAAAAAAUACUAAUGUUAUCAUAUCACUUAUGCUGAUGAAUCGAAAGGAACAGUAUUGGCCCAACGCAUUAAAAUUUGACCCAGAUAGAUUUCACCCGGAAAGGAUGAAGGAUUGUUCUUCGUAUUAUUACAUUCCUUUUAGUGAUGGACCAAGAAAUUGCAUAAGUACAGAAUACGCAAUGAUUUCCAUGAAAGUUAUUCUAGCUACUUUAAUACGAACAUUUGUAUUCAAAGUAGAUAACAACAUGCAAAUGAAUGUCAUGCGAUUAACGAUGAACGACUUAACGUUAUCAACUGUUAAACCUUUAAAGAUUAAAAUAAAAAAACGGGAUAUUUAAUAAAGCCCUAAAAAAUAUAUUAAAUAAAAGAAAAUGCUUUUUUACAUAUUAUAGCAAUUAAUACUAUUACUACUAU